AUGUCUGAUCAGAGUGAUAGCCAGAACAAAUCAGAAGAGCAAGUGAAUCUGAGUGAGGGCACCAGUCCCUCUGAUAGCUAUGGUGAUGGCAGCAGAAGUACUCCUAGCAACCUGCCUAAGGCUACUACUAGGCAGAGGAGAAAGAGAAAUUCUGAUUCAGAGGAUAAAGACUAUGUUGCUAUUGAGGAAGAAGUCAGGUCUAAGAAGAAAGUGUUGAAAAAGGAGUAUGUUGUUGCUGCUGCAACCAAACCUGGGUUGCAAAAGAAAGCUCCUGCUAGAAGAGUCCCAACAUCCAAGCCAAGGAAAGUAGCAACAGGAGAAACCAUGCAGUUCACUAUAGAACAGUUAAAUGAUGAUGUGGCUGCUGGCAAGAAGAAGAAGAGGGCAAGAACCACAACUUCAAAAGUACUUGGAACAUCAACCAUGGUAAGAGAUUCUGAUGACAAAGAGGAGGAAGAAGAGGAUGCUACACCAACACAGAUGCAGACAGCUGUUGAGCAGCUCCAGGAAGAAGCUGAGGAGAGGAAAGGGAAAGCUACCACAGAUGCUUUUCAGAGAGUGCCAAGGCACAGAGAUCUGCAGCAGUGCAUGUGA